GGCUGCCUGGAACUCGCACAACGCAGCAGCGCUGCCGAAAGCGGCACAACGCAGUAGCAGCAACACUUCAUCGCACCAAUUCAUAGCUCGCUCGUGCCUCACUGCACUCGCAAUCCCCCUUUCGCACUUGGGUUGUGCCGAGUCGCUCUCCAGGAUCAUUCAUCAUUUUGGGUUUAGGAGAACUUUCCAGAUUAGGUUUCUAAUCUUGCAUUUGAAAUUAGUGUCCGAGAAGUUGGGUUGGGUGAGGAUAGAAUGGUCGGGAGGAGGCCGGGGUUGUGAGAAGGCUCUUGUAAGCAGGAGGAAACGAGCUGGGUUUAGAUUUUGAAAUGCUUUUUCAUGUAGUAGUCGAUGUGAUUAUGGAGACUGGUGUGGUUAGUUGGAAUGAAGAGGUUUAGGGGAUAAGUUGGGGUUUAAGGUUGUUUGGGCUGGUGAGAGAAGCGGGUUGCAUAUGGCAGGGGUGCAGAGCGGAAGUGUUUGACAGAAGGAUGGUCAAUGCCGCAUUUUCGAUGGCCAAGGCCCUUGGAGUCUCGGUUUCUACUUCUAUUGCCCGAGAUGUCUUUGCCCAGCAAAGUCGUCAUGUUGGGGCGGAGCCUGGAAUAGCCGCUCAGAUACCAACUUGCUCCAGGCAUCAACCUUGUCCAACUACCAGCUUUUCUUCGAGCUCUGCGCAAGUUUCCAUCAUCAGAAAUACAUUUAACUCGCUAAAAUGGAAACUUGAAAAGAGGAAAACUCAAUCACGUCUGUCAUCAUCGAGCUUCUUUGUAGAGUUGCCUGAGAGAUUCAGUCGCAGAAGUAGCAGACAUUCUAGAAAGCUCAAGCAAACGAAUGCGAAAAAUAAAGAUGGUGGUUCAUUUCUCGAUAGCCGGUUGUUGUCAUCUGCACUCAUAGGUGCAGAUGGAAAACCUGGCAGUGCAGGUUACAGUAGGGUAGAAAUAGUUGAGGAUGACGAUGAUGGAACCAGUGACAGAAUGCUUGAAGAACAGUUCAAUCGUUUUGCGAUGGCCAUGGCUACGCAAGAUAGUCAAAUGGCACAGAAGAUUAUGCGAGAAAUGGGAGAUGCUGAAAACAGUGGUGCGAAGACCGGGACCUCAAACGAAUCCACUGAAUUACAUGAUCAGCUACAGGAAUUUUAUGGGCAAGUACUUAAAAUGAUAGAAGAAGGAGACGAGGGGACUGCCCGUGAGUUAAUUGAAGCCAAUUAUGAGGUUGUUGCAGAGCAACUCGAGUCUGGAUACCAUUGUUUGGAGCAAAUUGCCAUGCUGGACAUCUUGGCGCAGCUGCGUUUGUGCUUAGGCGAAUUUGAGGAAGCAGAGUAUUUGCUAGACCAGACCAAAGAUUUAAUGGAGAUUGUUGGAAUCGAUUCAAAGCAGCCCCUUAUUGACAGGAUACUGGAGCAUAUGGGAAGCAUGUACACAGCUUUAGGCAAGCCUGAUGAAGGACUUCCGUUUUAUCUCAAGAGUAUUGAAAUCCAAGAACAUUUACUAGGAGAAGAAAGUCCACUGAUAGUGAAGUCACUUUUGGGAUUAGCCACUACAUUAACGGACAUGGAUGAUACUAUCAGGGCUAUUGGAGUGUACAAAAGAGUCCUGAUGAUUGUAGAGAAAAACCGAGGACCUACCGAUGAAUCACUGGCGCUCCCGCUUUCACAUUUAGGACAUUGUCUAUUGGAAGAAGGCAGAGUGGAUGAAGCUGAGCUUGCUUUGCUUAGAGCCCUGAAGCUUGUGGAGAAAACAUUUGGAGCACAGGAUGGGAGAGUAGGGAUUGCGAAAUGUGCACUAGCUCGGGCUAAAGCUGCCAGAGGCGCGGUCGAUGAAUCUAUAUCCUUGUAUCGGGAGGGACUGCAAGUUAUGGAGGGAUGCACUAAGUUUAUGGAUGAUGAUCCAUCAUUAGAGACAGUGCGUACAGAUCUGGCUGAAUUGCUCAAUUUUUUAGAAAGGCAUGAUGAAGCUGAGGAGCUCUGGGAGAAAAACCUGCAUGCAAAAGAACGAGCUAUUGGUCCGAAUGAUUCCACAUUGGUGGUGCAUCUCCAGAAUUUGGCCACAUCAUAUGCUGUCUCUGGAAAAUAUGAGAAGUGCGUGCCUCUUCUGCGACGCAGUUUGAAGCUAACGACAGCGAACCUAGGCCCCAAUGCUCCGCAGGUCUCAGUGCCAUUGGAGUGCUUGGCAACCGCCUUGCACCAUACAGGUCGGCAGUAUGAAGCUGAGCCGCUUGCUCGCCAAGCACUUAACAUCCGUGAGGCUGCGUUUGGUUCGGAGAGUCCCAUUGUUGCGGAAGCAUGCAACUGCCUGGCGUCCAUCCUGCAUUCGAUGGGAAGGUUCGAGGAGGCUCUGACGUUAAUGAAACGAGUCUUAGCCAUCCAAGAGAAACAAAUAGGUCCCGACAGUCCAGAGCUUGCGCAAACUUUGCAGCUGAUGGUUAUGCUCUUAGAUAAGCUAGGAAGAAUAGGUGAUAUUGAACCACUUUACAAGAGGUUAACAAAGAUAAGCACUGAACACGGAGGAGACGAUGUAGAAGACGAUGACAUGCCCAGACGUAGCAUGUUUGGUGGCAUGUUUACAAGCUGAAAAUUGUGAAUUUGAUCUUCUUGGUUGUCUCAAUCUCAGUGUUAUGCUUAAUCAAAUUCUGUUAUAAAUGAAUUUGAAGUUCUUUUGGAAACCA